AUGGGAGUUAAAGGUUUAUGGAAACUAAUUUCGCCUGUAGGCCGAAAUGUUAAACUUGAGUCUUUGAAUAAUAAAAGACUCGCGAUCGAUAUCCUUUACUUAGAAAUUUCCAUCUGGUUAUAUCAAUUCUUAACUGCAAUGCGUGAUAAAGAAGGGAAUGGACUAAAAAAUGCACAUUUAUUGGGCUUUUUUAGAAGGAUAUGUAAACUUUUAUUUUAUAAUAUCAAACCAGUAUUUGUGUUUGAUGGUGGUGCUCCAGAAUUGAAACGUUUGACUUUGAAUGAACGUCGUAAGAGACGAACCGGUAAUGCCAAUAAUCUACAAAAGACUGCGGAAAAACUUUUGUCAGCUCAGUUGAGACUUCAUGCUGUUCAGGAAUCAAAAGGAUCGUGUAAAAAAGUGAUAACUGACGAUUUUAAUGAAAACAAAAUGAGUAACACGAGUCCGGAAAGACUCUUUAGUCGAAGAAAGCGAGAUGAAUAUGAUUUACCUUCCAUAUCAGGAGGAAUCGAAGCCAUGGUCACUAAAGAUGAUCCUCGUCUUGCAACUGAAGAUGAUCUCAAAAAUUUUAUUAGAGAAUAUAAUAAGGCUUCCUGA